AUGGCCGACCAAAUGGAUAUUGAUUUGCCUGCGCCAGCACCGCAACAAACCAAGAAAAAGCGGUUCGAGAAACCACCUGAUGGAACCGUGUAUCGACUGCGGCAACAACCCGAACUUCGGCGCCAAUUCGAGGACAGCAACGCACACAAAGUGUCCGCGCGCCGUGGGAGUGUGCAACCACUCGUUCCAUUUGCACUGCAUCGACACGUGGAUCCAGAAACGAAACUCGUGUCCUUUGGACAACUCAGAUUGGUCUAUUAA